AUGGCAGAAGAUGUCCUGGGGAUGACGGUCCAGCAGCUCAAAAAGGAGAGGACCACUGCAAAAAGCAGCUUCACCAGACAAGCCAACUUCAUUUCAAGAGAAGCAAGCAAAAUGCUUCAAGUGGAGUUAAAGGAGGAAUACACUAAGCUUUCAGAUUGUUUCAGGAAGAUGCUUGAUGCCAAUGAUGACUACAGAAUUGGACUGGAGGCAGACAUUAAGACUGAAAAUAAGGAAGCAAGUCUUAAUGAACAGCAAGAAGCCGACAUUGAUAGAUCUGUAAAGGAAGGUGAAACAAAGUUGGCGGAAAUAAGAACCAUUGUUCAAACAAACCUGUGGUCAAGGUAUGGAGAGAGUGAACUUCUGGUGGCAAUCUCGGAAGCAGAGAAAUGCAAUGAUGAAGCGGCUGAUGUGGCUGUGGAAAGUGCCAAUUUGGAGGGCUAUGAAGUGCACCUCAGUCUCUUGGACAAGAGAAUAAAAGAGGCAAUCUCAGCAAUGUCAACAUGGGAGAGAUGGAUCCCUAAAGAGUUAAAGGAUGAAUUAGAUGGAAGAGUCAAGGACAUAAGAGCAUCCUACUACAGGCUUGAGGUAAGGAGAGCUGAAUUUGUCACUGCACGGACGAUCAAUGAGCAAAGCACAGGACCAGUACAAUCCCAACUGGCAACAUCCACUCCAUUAGUAAGAAUAAAGCCAACCUCUCUACCUAUUUUCAAUGGAAGCAAGAGAGAAUAUCACAGAUGGAGGAAAGACUGGGAGAGCCUGCAAAAGCAGGGAGAGCCAUCUGGAUCAACUGAAGUUAAGAAAAUUCAACUCUUGGAAAGUGUGGAUGACAGAAUCUCAAGGGACCUCAGACUUUCAACCUACACCACUGCCAAAGACAUGUUCAGAGUCUUGGAGAACAGAUAUGGCAACAAGUCAACCAUCACAGUGGAAAUCCUUGAAGAGCUAGAGAAGAUGCCACAUGUGAAAGGGAACCAGCCAAGAAAGGUCAUUGACCUCAUACAGUCAGUGGAGAAGGCCCUAGCAGAUCUUACAGAGUUAGGAAACUCUGGAGCCAUAAAUAACCCACUGGUAAUAAAAACCAUUGAAAGCAAGUUGCCUGACUUUAUUAAACGAGACUGGGUGAUGUUCAUGGUUGAACCCAGGAACAAUGUCACAUCAGACAACCACUUUGCCAUGCUUUUGAAGUUCUUGAAAAGUCAAGAAGAAAUACUGGAGAGACUAGAACAGCUCAGAACUGUGGAGAAGGUGGAGAAAUCAGAUCGUUCAGACAAAAAGUAUGACCGAAAAAUCGCCUCAACAAAAACCACAAAGAAAGAAGAGUUUGAUGAAGGAUGUGGUGUCUGUGGUGAGAGAGGGCACAACAACAAAAUCUUCUUCUGUAAAAAGUUCAAAAGACUUAAACUACCUGAGAAGAAAGCUGUAUUAAGAAAGCUGGGAGCAUGCAGAAAAUGUCUUGGAUGCCAUGAUGAAGAUGGAUACUGCAGAGACACAUUCCUAUGCAGAAAUAAGGACUGUAAAAGGGAAGGUGGUGCCCCAGACCACCAUUUUUUCCUCUGCCCAAAGGGAGAAUUCAAAAGAGGGGAAGAGAGAAGGAUUGGAAAAGACGUCAAAGGUGAAGGCAAACUAACCGAGGAACAAGAGGAGAUCUUGUCUGAACUUUCUCCAGAAAUGGCAGAUCGAUGCAGAAAGGCUUUCACCAACACCAACAAAACUGCAGUGACACUUGAUGCUUCAGGCCAGUCUGAGCUACUGCAGAGAAAUGGGCUCUCUGAACUUCCAGUUAUAAUGAUGUUGAUGCAAGUCACUGCAAACGCAGGGCAGAAGAUUGGGACUUUAAUUGACCUUGCUUCAGAUACAAACUACAUCACCCAUAAGGCUGCUGAAAGACUAAGGUUACGACAUGAGAAGAUAACUUUAGUUGUGCAUGGAGUUGGUGGUAUGGCUAUGGAAGUGAACACACAAAGGUAUCUCCUCAAAGUCAGAGUCAAAACACCAAAAGGAACCGAGAGAGCUCAUGAAAUGGUCUGCUACGGCUUGGAUGAAAUCGCCAGAGUGCAUCAAGUAAUUGAACCUGAAAAAUUGAGAAAAUUCUUCCCAGAAGUCAAACUGAAAGAAUUGGAAAGGCCAGAAGAGGUUGAACUUCUCAUUAGCCACCGAGAGGGAAGACUCGCUCCACAGAGAGUAAAAAUCAUUGGAGACCUCGUCUUGUGGGAGGGACCAUUGGGUAAGACAGUGGGUGGAGCACAUCCCGACUUAUUUGAAGAAGUGGAGGUAGCAGCAUAUGAGUCCAGAACACACUUUGCUCGCUCCAUGAGGACAGCAGCUGUCAAAUAUCAAGAAAUCAAAAGUCCAACAAUUGAUACAGCCCAGCCACAGCGAAAAGAUGAAGCUCAGACCAAAUUUACAGCUGUCAGUAACCGUAAGUUCCUAGAGUGGUGGCACUGGGAUAGCAUCGGAGCUGCAUGUGAGCCAAGAUGUGGAGGAUGCCGUUGUGGAAACUGUCCACCUGGAGGAAAAGAAAUGACCCUGGCAGAGGAGAGGGAACUGGAGAUCAUUAAAGGAGGUCUUACCUACAAGAAGGGGGAUGCUCACACAUCAGCGCCACAUUGGGAUGCAAAGUAUCCUUGGACGGUAGAUCCAGCCUCUCUCCCAAACAACAAAGGUGCAGUCCAAGCUUGUUUCUUAAAGAUGGAAAAGCAACUAAGCAGAGAGCUAGACUGGAAAGUUGCAUAUACUAAUCAGAUACAUGAAAUGAUUGAAAGAGGCGCAGCCAUAAAACUCACCAACAAAAUUAUGGAUGAAUGGAACGGACCAGUGUGGUACGUAAGCCACCUGGUGGCACCAAACCCUCAUUCAGUGACCACACCAAUUCGUAUUGUAUGGAAUAGUAGCCAGAAAUACAAAGGCGUGAGUAUGAAUGAUCUUCUUUUGAAGGGACCAGACGUUCUCAACCCUAUCAGAGCUGUCUUGCUGAGGUUCAGAGAAGGGAUGUAUGCAUCUCUAGGAGACAUUAAAAAAAUGUACAACUCUGUAUGGCUGGAGGAGCGUGAGAUGCAUCUUCAUAGGUUCCUCUGGAGGGACAGCCCAGAUGAAGAGAUAGGUGAAUAUGCAAUUACCAGAGUCAAUAUUGGGGACAGACCUGCUGGUUGCAUUGCUCAGUUGGCUAUGAGGGAAACGGCACGCCUGCCCAACUUUCUUCACUUAGAAGAUGAGCGCAGAGUCAUUGAAGAGGACAGCUAUGUAGAUGACCUCUUAACCUCCCAUAAUGACCUAAAUAAACUUGACAACAUUACAGCAAAUGUGGAAGAGAUCUUGAAAGCUGGAGGUUUCUUCCUCAAACCAUGGGUCCGGUCAGGGCAAAGUGGGAGGCAAGAAAUGGAGACGGAGGAGGGUCUAACAGGAACACAAAGUAAAACUUUAAUUCUUCCAAAUCAAAUGAGAGGUGAAGACAAUAAAGCCUUGGGUAUCGGCUACCAAAUGGAUGAAGACAAGCUCUACAUGUUAACCUCAGUUAACUUUUCCAAAAGGAAAAAGAAGAUGAGAGUUGGAAAAGAUCUUCUUAAGGAGGAGGUAAGAACUGAGACACCUAAGCCACUGACUAGGAGGGCUCUCUUAAGCCAAGUGGCUGGACUGUACGACCCAAUUGGCUUAGUCACACCUGCAAAACAGAAGGGAGCAAUUCUUGUAAGAAAAGCAUUCCAAGAGGGAGGGGGUGGGAAACUAACCCAAGAAACUUGGGACCAACCUCUCUCAGAAAGCCUCAGAGAAGAAGGCAUACAGCUUUUUGAAGAAUAUGUGCAGCUUGGACAGGUAAAAUUCCACAGGAGCCUCACACCAGCUGGCUGGGAAGGAAAACCUUGGGGCAUCACAUUCUCUGAUGGAAGUGACAAAUCCUAUGGAGCUGUGAUGUACUUAAGAUGGGAGACAAGUCAAGGCACUGAAGUUCGAUUUGUUGAGUCGAAAGCCAAGCUGACACCCCUGGAUCAGAAGGGAGAAGCUGUAAAAGCUGAGAUCUGUGGUGCUGUUUUCGCAUCUAGGAUCAGGAAGUAUGUGGAAAAACAUGCUCGAAUUAAAAUCGAGAGAUGGUUCCAUCUACUCGACAGUCAAACAGUCUUGGGAGCCAUUCAAAGAGUCAGUUAUGGGUACAAAACCUUCUUUGCAAAUAGAGUGGGUGAAAUCCAGAAGGCUGGACUAGUGCAAGACUGGUGGUGGAUCCGUGGAGAUUUAAACAUAGCUGACAUCAUAACGAGAGGGGGCGCUCCUGAAGAUUUGAGGGAGAAUUCUACAUGGCAAAAUGGACCAGAGUUCCUGAAGUGGCCAGUGGAGAAGUGGCCUAUAAAAUCAGCAGGAGAGAUUGCAGCUCAUGCCAGGGAGAGUGUCAACAAGCUCCAGAGAAAGGCAUUCACAGUUGCAUUAACUAGAGCUCAAGCCAGAAGCAGUCAGAAAAAUGAAGACCCACAAGGUAAUCAGGAAAGUCCAAAGAGUAAAACUCAAGAGGGAAUACCUGUGGUAAAUCCAACUCCUCUUCUAGGUAUGAAGCCCACUGGAUGGGUUAAAAAUCUCAUCGAAGUAAGAAGAUCCAGUAGUCUGUCCAAACUGGUGAGAGUCGUUGCCUGGGUUUGUUUUGCUGCCAAGCAGUGGCUGAAGAGGAAGUGUCGGGCCCCUAAACAAUUAAAGUGGGAAGUUAGAUCACCCAAGCAAGCUGUGCUGACUGUCAAAGAAAAAGAAGAUGCACUCAAAGACAUCUUUCUUGCUGCUCAAGAAGGUACAGUUUUUGCAGACACAACUCUUAGCAGACUGGCAGUAUACAAAGAUGUGAACUCUGGACUGCUAGUUUGCGGGGGCAGAAUUCAGAUGUUCAAUGAAGAUAAGACAGCAGUGCCUGUUUUACCAUUUGAAGCAUGGGUAUCUACACUGUUGGCACAGGAAUCCCACAAAGCAAACCACGAGGGAGUGGCAGGAACCCUUCUCCGGAUGAGGAAGAAAGCCUGGGUAAUAAAAGGCCGGAGACUUGCCAAGAAAGUGGUUGACAGCUGUGUGGUUUGCAGGAAAAACAAAGCAAAACACUGCCAACAAAUCAUGGCUGACUUGCCUCUAGAGCGAACAGGCCCGGCUGCACCUUUUGAAUUCACCACUAUGGACCUUUUUGGCCCUUAUGAAGUGAAAGAUGAGGUCAAGAAGAGAACUAGACUCAGAGUAUGGGGAAUAGUUUUCUGCUGCAUGGCUUCUAGAGCCAUCCAUACUGAAGUGGUGAGUGACAUGUCAUCUGAAGGAUUCUUGCUAGCCUAUAAAAGGUUCACCUCACUGAGAGGACACCCCAAGAAACUCUGGUCAGACCCGGGCACUAACUUUGUGGGAGCCAGACCUGCACUGGAGAAGCUUUAUAAAUUCCUGAACCAACUAAACAAGUCUGAAAUUGAAGACACAGCUGCCAAGCAUGGUACAGAAUGGUCAUGGAAGAUUCACCCUGCAGACUCUCCCCAUAGAAAUGGUGCAGCAGAGGCAGCUGUCAAAGUAGUAAAGCGGGCAUUAAGCAACCUUGGUGGAGAUGGUGUUUUCACAUGGGGAGAAUUUCAAACUUUUCUCUUCAUGGCAGCCAACCUUGCAAAUGAGAGACCCAUCGAUGCAAGAACUCAAAGCAGAGAAGACUGUGUAGAGUACAUCACCCCAAAUUCUCUGCUUUUAGGACGUGCCAAUCCAAAGGGAGACCCUGGGGAUUUCCAAUUUGAUGACUACCCUUACAGAAGACUUAAACAUAUUCAAGCAGAAGUAAGCAAUUUCUGGAAGAAGUGGAGCCAAUUGGCUGGACCAAAUCUAUUCGUAAGGAACAAAUGGCACACCAAAGAGCGAAAUGUUGCAGUUGGAGAUGUGGUUUGGCUGGCUGACCAAAACGCCUUGAGAGGACAAUACAAGCUGGCUAGAGUGGUCGGUGUUAAUGCUGACAGCAAAGGCAUUGUAAGAGAUGUGCUUGUGAGAACUUUUCCCAGCUAUCCUGUUCACAUCACAAAGGCGAAAGACAAAGAAGGUCCCAUUAGAGCUAAUAGUGAAAAAACCAAGAGGCUCCAAACCAAAAUCCCAGCCACAAUUCUCCACAGAGAUGUCAGACGUCUUGUCAUUCUAAUUCCCAUUGAAGAACAAGCAGAGGUAUGAAAGAACUUGUGUGACCUCUGGUUUUGAAAAACCAGGAGCUCAAGUGGGAAGUGUUGAGCAGAAUCUCAGCUAUGAGACUUAAAGAACUACAUUUCCCAGAGUGCAUCAGCAGCAGUAAAUCAGCUGCUUGUCAUGUGAUUAGUCAUUGUCACUGAUUUGGAGCACCUGUUAAAACAUGGAGUUCCUCAGUCAUUCAGAGAAACAAACUUCAGAGAGAAGACACUCCAAAUUCACUCGUAGGUUCAGUCCAAAGACGCCAAUGGUUUACAACCUAAUUCACUGCUAAUUCACUGCUAAUUCACUGCCUAAUUCACUGGACAAAUAAUCAACUGACAAAGCCAAAAGAAAAAUAAAAGUGAUUAAGUGGAAAUUUGAGUUGUCCUUGUGUCCUUUGGAAAUUGA